AUGUUCAAAUAUUUCGCAAUUGUUUUGGUGGCCUGCAUUGCUUUUGUUGCCGCUAAGCCUGGAUUAGUAGCGCCUUUGGCAUAUUCGGCACCUAUCGUUUCUGCCGCACCACUUGCAUCAGCUGUGUACUCGCGGGAAUAUCACGGAAAUUUCGCUGCUCCUUACGUAGCUGCAUCACCAUAUGUUGCUUCACCAUACGUUGCUUCACCAUACGUUGCAUCACCCUACGUAGCUGCAUCAUAUGCUGCACCUUACACCGCUGCUGCAUACACUGCUCCUGUCUUGUUGAGAAAAUAAUUGUACCAAGCGAAUAUCUUGUAUUGGAUUGUGAUGGCUGAACGAUGAU